AUCCACCGCCACCAAAAAAAAGUAUAAAAGGUAAAUAUUUCCUCAUUCUCUGCGUGCAAUCAAAAUUAACAGCAAUGUAAAAACUGAUGACAUUUUCAUCUCUCUCGAAUUCUCCCCAGGUUUUCUUCACUCCACAUCCGCACCACCUGCUCUAUCCUCGCUAUACCUCACACCCAUCUUCCCCGUUAAACCAGCCUAAACCCUAAAAUUUUGGUGCCCUCUCAGCCGUCGAAUUUUGUUAGUUUCAUUUUAUACUACAGAAAAAUCACAUACAUCCAUUUUUAUAGUAAAAAAGUGUAAUUUCUUUUGUGGGUUUGUUUAUUGCACAAACAUUAUGGGAAAGAGAAAGAGAAGGGUUGAAUUGAAUGAAACACCAUCAUCUUCAGACUUCAUGCCACCUUCACCUCAGACAGAUAUGUUGUCAAAACAGCACCAAGCAGAACACAAUGCAGCACAGCCUCCAUUAUCCAUUACGGAUAUUAGGGAUAGCUCUAUGAAGAUACCACAAGGCAACCAGUCCCCUCAUGGUUCUGGUUGUGGUUUAUUAUUGAGGCACCCUCAUCAUUGUUUUAACCGCCGUUACUCUAAACGAAGCUCUAAUUAUCCUGAAGCAUCAACUUCUAAUCGGAAGGGUCAUCCCGCUUAUGAUACUAAAUUGUCCUUUAAACAGCCUAGUAAAAACUUUUCAGACUCGCAGCAUAGAGAAAGUAGGGAGAGAACAUUCCAUAAGCCAGAAAGAAUUAGAUCAAGUUCAUUGGCGAUGAACGCAGUAUCUGGUGAUGUGCGGAAAAUGGAAUGUGGUAUAUGCCAGAAAUUCGUGAGGAAAAAACCCUUUAUCCUCGGGAACUCUAUGUCAUCUAGUGAUGUCUCAGUGGUAGCCGUUUUAGUCUGUGGUCAUGUUUAUCAUGCUGAUUGUUUGGAAAUGAAAACGAGCCAUGAAGAUAGACGGGAUCCACCUUGUCCACUGUGUGCAAGCCAGCUCUCGCGUGUUGCCUAGACACGUCGGGUUACUGUACAGGUUUUGUAUGCCAAACCAGAAAAAAUAGUUCCUGGAAUUAUUAGGAUAUGGUGUUUUUGCAGGUGUUUUAGAGCAAUGUUAUCCUAGUUUACUAGGAAUCAUCAAAUAUCUGGUUAUUAUGACAAAGAUGCAUUUGUAUAUUUAAGUUUAACAUAUGAAGAUCAGAUGAGAGCUCUGGUUUUCCACUAUGGAGAGCAUUACAAUAACAUAUUUCAAUAUCUGUACUUUUUAUUCC